AUGAGCAAUCUCACGGGCCACCCCAUAAACCUUCGCCAAACGAAGCAGUACACUGAGAGAAUACCAGCUGCGGGACAUGGUCAAGAGAGCGUUCAAGCCGCCCAGGAAUUACGAAACAUGAAGCGCCGAAACAGCACAGUGACAGAUCGGCCGAUCAAAUUUCAAUGUCGAGUAAGCGGGAUGCCACAGUCGCAGCCGACAAUUCCGAAUGGCCAGUUCUACGGUGGUGCCAGAGCAAAUGGUGGGCAGGCAGCCGUCGUUCGGCGACCAUUCAGUCCAGCCACUCAAUACGGAAACCGUGGGCCAGAAAACAUCUUUGCUCAAUAUCCGAACUUGCAGCAAACUAUACCUAAUGCCAACUUGCGUACGCAGAUGCUUAAAAGUAUCGGGAUGAAUAGACCCACCCAGGGGCUGCAGCAGCGACAGCAGCCGAUGCCGAGAGGCCAGGUCAGUAUAUUCAGAGUGGCCUCGGGUGAAGCUGCAGCCCCCAGCCGUGGCAUGCUAAACGGAAAGUCUGGCAAUCCAGAACCAAAUGAGAACAUCAAGACUGAUAACCCUGUCAUACCGGUCAGCUUGAACACUAGCAGAGACGAGGCGCCUGGAGCAGUGGAACAGAAUGCGCCGAGGCAACAACAGGAUGGCGAGCAUGUCAGUUCGAGGAGCAGCUCUCCCGGACGCUCCCAAGCAUCCGGAACCUCACAAGAUGAUACUGCACGAACCUUACAAGACAAUACUGCACAAUCCGCACAAGACAGUACUGCGCAAGCUGUACAAGACGAUCCCGCACAAGCCGAAAAAGACGAUCCCGCACAAGCCGAACAAGACGAUCCCGCAUAA